CAACAUUUUGUAAUUAUACAGUUUUCUGACAAAUUUAUGUGCGUUCACACCUAAAAACAAAUGAAAUUUAAUUAUGGCCGAAUGCAGGUGCCAUAUUGACUUAUAGUAGCUUCAAAAUCCCACGGAAAAGAUAAGAGAGGGUGCUUGAAUCUUCCUUCCUGGUGCUAAUAUAAAUCAAGUGUUGGUUUGGUGUUAAUUUAUUUGAGUGGAGAAUUAAGAUGACAUCGGUGGGCGUGAUUUCCAGCGUGGUGGCGAGGAUUGAGUGUUUGAAGAAGCUAUAUGAUGAGCAGUCAGAAACGUUGCCCAAGGAGAUUGACGAGCUGCUCAAAGACCUCAAAGAAAUAAAGGAAUCGCUAGCAGCUGCCUACGAUCGGAAAACACAUGUGGAGAUUAAUGAAAAAGAGUGGUGCGGCUUUCCUAUGACAUCGUUGAUGCUAUCGCAGAUGAGUGGUUUAAACCCAAGGAAAAGUUUUCUGCAAACAGACUGAGGCUGAGUCAGCGGAAGAAAAGCGGAACCAGCAAGCUAACUCAAGAACUAAAUGGUUUCGUACAAAUAUUACUGAAGAAAAAGAUUAAUCCGGAUUCAGCAACGGUUCCAGAAAUGCAGGGAGAUAGCUCUGACGGCGCCGCUUCAGAAGUGGAGCCACUCCAACGGAAGAAAAGUGAAAAUCCAGUCAUGGCGCAUUUUCGAAAGAUCAUACCCAUCCAUUCCAAAUCCAAGAAUUCCAGAGAAAAGAAGGGCGGCCCAGAGCAGAAAUCCGGUUCGGAGAGAAGCACCAGCGGUUCAGAGGAUGUGGAUGUGCUACAUGAGAAGAUAAGGACGGAGUUGUUGAAUCCAUCUCCCAAAUGUUCAGAGGUGUUCGUGGUAGGCGAGAGUGGCAUGGGCAAGACCACACUCGCCCGGAAACUUAUUGAAGACCGUCAAAUCAAGGAGAGAUUCAACUUUACCCAAUUGGUUCCGAUCAACCAAAACUUCCAGAUAAAAAAGGUGCUGCAGUUCCUUGUGCGCCAGCUAGACGCUCCACAACAACAGCUAGAGGAGAUGAACGAGAUUCAACUCAUUCACCACAUUUUUGAUCAACUCAAGAACAAGAUCUACCUCAUUGUGUUUGAUGACGUUGCAACCCUGGACGACUGGGAGAGUAUUCGUCUCGCCUUGCCCCUUGCCAACUCAAAUAGAGUUAUCAUCACCACUUCCAGCACCCAAUUUCAUCAACAUAACUGCUACAAAAUCUCAGGCCUCAGCCAAUCCCAAAUACUCAGCUUAUUGAGGAACCAACCAGCCUUCAAAUUACCUGACUCGGAAAAAAUUGGCGAGGCUAUAUUCCGUAUCUCUGGUGGCUCACCACUAUAUGCUGAAAUCCUCGGAAAAUCUCUUGAAUCUGAGGUCGCCACCGCAAAUAAGGAAGAAUUGCUUCUAGAACUUGAUUCCUACGCCCACCAGAAAGGAAAACCACAAGUUUUAGGGGCAAGCUACAAGAGAUUAGCUCCUGAAUUAAAGCCAUGCUUGCUUUACAUAGGCCAGUUUCCAGAGGGUGACAUUGAAGUUGAAAAGCUGUACCUGUUGCUCCUCGCCGAAAACCUCGUAUUAUCAAAGGAGACCUUCGAAAAUCACUUGGAGAAACUGGCUGGUUUGAAGUUUGUUGCAGUGCAAGAAGAUAUCGUGUCUGUGGCCAGGCUCCAUGACCGAGUGCGGGAGUUUUGCAUAUUACAAGGGUUGGAUGAAGAGUUCUUCCAGGUUGUGGAGAGCUGGGAAGAAGUCAGAGACCAUACACGCAGACUCGCCAUGCAUUUGAGCAACAAGUGCAAUGCUGAGAGCUCCACUGUGUUGUACACAGCCAACAAAAUCUUGUCUCUUCUAAUAUUCGGUACAUCUGAUGAGGAGAAAUCGGAGAUAAUUGAGCUCACAGAAUUCAGCCAUAUGAGGAUCUUGAGCUUUGAUGACGUCAGUUUCAAAGCUCGAAGGUUCCCAAAAGGGAUGGAUAAAUUAGUGCUUCUUAGAUACCUGAGUUUUCGUGGAUGUUUGCUGGAGGAGUUGCCAUCUUCCCUGAGCCACUUGACGCAGCUGGAAACACUUGAUCUACUUGUUCGACCCGAUUGCAAGAUGCUUAUACCAAAUAGCAUUCUUACUAAUUGGAAAAGAAUGGUGCAUCUUUACUUGCCUAGGUUGUACUAUCAUAGUAAAGGAAAAUCAAAGCUGCAGCUCAAAGCCAUGGAGAGUCUAGAAAUACUUGUCAACUUCGACACGGAGGUGUGUGACAUUGAUGCUCUGUCUAACUUGAAGAAACUUAGGACCCUUUCAACAAUCUGUACAGGAGACUCUCAACAAUUGAAUGAUGUCAUCGAAUUCUUGAAUAAAGGUCUUCUGCAGCAUUCAUGUAUGGAUAUCAAGAGUUUCGACUGUUACAACAGUGGCAGCGUUUCCGCAUUGAAGAAACUGCUCAGCUGCCGUUUCCUUCACUCUAUUAAGAUAGAGGGGCAGAUAGUGGAUCUAAUACCGGAGGAAGACGAGGCUCGGGCCGACAAACUUGCGGAAAUCGUCCUCUACGGUUCUCAACUCGAGCAUGACCCCAUGGGUUAUUUGGGAAAGUUCCAGAACCUUCGGAGCCUUGUACUGUCAAAUGAUGCGCUUCUCGGAGACCAGAUUGUCAUCUCGGCCGAUACCACGCUGUUUCCUGAAUUGAGAAGCCUCAAACUCCACAACUUGCAUUACCUGAAAAAGAUUGCGAUUCAAAAUGGAGCAAUGCCCAAGCUUUCUGCUCUGCAAAUUGAAGGUUGCGAUUGCUCGCUGGAGCUGUCCAUCCCAAAAGAGGUGUACGACAGACUCAAACAAAAGAAUGGAGGUGAUGCUCAGUCGGUUAUGGCGUUGCCUUACAAACUCAAUAUUAAUGUUACGUCAUAAUAAGUAUAAUCAUCAGUGAAUUAUUGGACGAAUGAUCGAUCGUUUGCAUGGGAUUUAUCAGUUGAUCGAGUCGGAAAAAUCUGGAUCAAGUGUACGUGCGGUGGAGGACUCCGGCGACUGGCCCCCAUCUUAUUAGUAGUUAUUAUUCAUAUUCUAUUUGCAAAGUUUUAUUUGUAUUCGUAAAUGUUUGAAUAAGUCCUAAUUUGUUUUAGGGCGAGAACAUGUUAACUAGUACUCCAUAUCGUAUUUGCUUCCUUUGCUUUGGAUACGACAAAUCCUAUUUUCUAGUUUUCAUUAAUUCACCUAUUUCGUUA